AUGUUUGUCUAUACUCUAUUGUGUUUCUACUUGGGCACCGCUGUAGGACUACACAUCGAUAAAGAUAAUCCACCUCAAUGGAGCGAGGUUUACACGGUCAAGGGUUUAUUAAACAUUCCCUACGCAGAACUUCACGAACCUUUUUAUGCAUGGUUUGACAGUAAGAAUGGCAAGUCUCGUAUUGACUACUACGGUACUAUGGUGAAGACCUACCAGUUAUCAGCCUCCGUCUACCCUCAGUAUGGGACAUCCAUUAAGAUAGCUCCGGUGACCACCGAGCAUGUGUUGAACCAGGAGACCUGCCUUCAGGUGAAUGGUACCGAGGGAGAGAGUAUUAACAUUCAGACUGUACUCCCUGACAUGACAGACUUCAAGUUUGUAGGAACAGAGACUAUGAAAGAUUCGGACACGUUCAAGUGGCGCAUGGUGACCUCUGUAGGGGAUAAGGUCAACAAAUACACCAUGUGGGUCAAGUACAGGAAAAGUCUGAGGGGAGACAACAUCGCUAUACCGGUCAGGUACGAGAUGAAGGGUUUCAACUCUCUGCUGGGCUCACACUACGACCACUAUUACUUGGACUACACGGACUUUGACAACAGCGACAUCGAGGCGGACGUCUUCAAUGUAGAUCCCAGCUUCAAGUGUUCGUCGUUCCCGGGUCCGGGUUCUCGCCACGUGGCCACCUUCAACCCCAUGAUGGAGUUCGUUCACCCCGCCAGCGACGAGCACGUCCAUCACGAGUUCGACCGGUUCGUUAACAAACACAACAAGCAGUACGCCUCCGAGGUCGAGAAGACCAAGAGGAUCAACAUAUUCAGACAGAACUUACGAUUGAUUCACUCUCACAACCGAGCUCACCGCGGCUUCUCUCUGGCCGUGAACCAUCUCGCGGACCACACGGACGAGGAGCUGGCCGCGCGCCGGGGCAGGAGAUACACGGGAAACAACGCAGGUCUCCCGUUCCCGUACGGCGAGGCGGAGCUGGCGGACAUGAGCGUCAAGCUGCCGCCGGAGUUCGACUGGAGGCUGUUCGGAGCCGUCACGCCCGUUAAAGACCAGUCGGUGUGCGGCUCGUGCUGGUCGUUCGGCACGGUGGGCGCGGUGGAGGGCGCUCUGUUCCUCAACAACGGCGGACACCUCGUGAGACUCAGCCAACAGGCACUCGUCGACUGCUCCUGGGGUUUCGGUAACAACGGUUGUGACGGCGGCGAGGACUACCGCGCCUACCAGUGGAUCAUGAGACACGGCCUGCCCACCGAGGACGACUACGGGGGAUACCUCGGGCAGGACGGUUACUGUCACAUGGAGAACGUGACGGUCGCCACCAAGAUGAAGGGCUGGGUCAACGUGACCGCCAAGAACGAGAACGCGCUCAAGUUGGCGAUCUUCAAACACGGCCCGGUGUCGGUGGCCAUCGACGCUUCUCACAAGACCUUCAGCUUCUACUCCAACGGAGUCUACUACGAGCCUAAAUGUAAGAACAGCGUGGAGGAGCUGGACCACGCGGUGCUGGCGGUCGGGUUCGGUGUGCUCAACGGACACAAGUACUGGCUCGUGAAGAACAGCUGGUCCAACAUGUGGGGCAACGACGGAUACGUGCUCAUGUCGGCCCGGGACGACAACUGUGGCGUGCAGGCCGCGCCCACCUACGUCAUCAUAUAG